AUGAGCAUCACGACGCGAGGUGCAAUAACAUGGGGGGAUCUUGAUGAAGAUGGAGCAUCGAUGGAGCCGUACCUUGGGAUGAUCUCUCUUUAUCACCUGACAGAAAGUCACCUGCCCGACAACAACAAGACUCAAGUCACGUUGUCUGCGAAACCCCGAAUUUGA